ACGCGACCCUUGACGCAUGGCAAUUGCUUCCCCGAAUUCGGCUAAUUUUCACGUUAUUUUUGCGAUACGUCCAUGGGGUUGAAUUUUUUCGAACAUUCGCAAGUUUUGUUCAUUAUUUGUGGUCAAAUUUCGUGAAAUUCCCUUGAGGAUGCGAAAAAUCGUCGCACUCAUUGAGCCACCUGACGUCAAUCUGUCAUUUUCCCACCAGUCCAGUGGAGUCGAUUGUGUUGGCUUGGGUCGGUAAAAAUACGAUGUUUGGAAUAUAAAAUCUCGCAAAAAGUGCCCCAAAACCGCGUUCAGGAUGGAGGAAGUCGAAUACGACCUUAAUCGUAUUUGUCGCGCGUGCAAAAACGAGUCCUCGGACAUGAGAUCGGUGUUUGAUGGAUGCGAAUUGUUGCCCGAAUGUCCCCGUAUUGACGAGAUGCUAAUGGCUUGUACCUCGGUGCAGGUGAAAACCGAGGAUAAACUCCCCAAAUUGAUCUGCGCCACUUGCACCGAACAACUUAAAGGGGCCUAUAUUUUCAAGCAACAAUGCCAGGAGACCGACGUCAGUCUCAGGGAGUACGUCAAGAAUUUCAAAUCGGACGACGAUGUCAAGACGGAAGUGGAGGCCACGGGCGGCACUGGCGAAGUUUUGGAGAAUUUGGCCGACGAGCUGUCGGAAGACGACCCUUUGAAAGACCUCACCACAAGCCAACGCUCCGACUUCAUCGAAUUCAUAGAAGACAACCAAAUGAUUCUGACUUGUCGCGAAUGUCGCAAAAGCUUCACUCGACUCGAAGGUUUGCGAAGCCACAAGCGUAUCCACUUGGGUACGUUAUUCAAAUGUCGUUUUUGCGGUAAAGGUUACACAAGACAAACUCACGUCUACCGACACGAAUUAUCUCACGGCAAACACAAACUCCACGUUUGUCGAAUAUGCAACAAGACUCUGACGAGAAUGGAGCACUUGAAACGUCACUUAACGACACAUUUAAAGGAAAAACCGUUCUCGUGUAAAUCGUGCAAUAGAGGAUUUAACAGAUCGGAUCAUCUCGAAGUGCACGCUGUGAGGUGCAAGGGAGAGAGGGUACACAUUUGUGACAUUUGCAAUCGAGGAUUUUCGCGAGAGGAUAGUCUUGAAGUGCACAAGAGGCUGCACGAGAAUCAAAAACCAGCACUGCCAACUUUAGAGAACAUAGAUAAUAUCGAGGAACAUUACUACGAGAUUGAUUACGAUCCUAACAUGGAUUACUCGGCCGGGUCUGAUGUUGAUGACUAUUUGGAGCCGCAUGUGGAAGUUACCGAAAAUUUGGAUGAGGACAGGAUCAAGGAAGUGGAAAGUUUGCAAAACGAGGACAAUAGGGAAUCGGGGGAGUCGGAAGAGCAAAUGGAUAUUAAAGACAUGUUGGAAUCUCAGAUCGCUCUUGAAAUCAACGAAAAUGAUAUCAAUAUCGACGAAGAUAAAAAAAUUAUUAGCAGGGCGUUGGACAAUGACGAGUAUGUGCCUGAUGACGAUGUUGGGCAUGACGUUGCAGACAAUGACUCCGACAGUGUGGAUUCUGAAUACCUCCCCACUAAAGUAACGUCUAAAAGACGUCGCGGUCGCGCCCGAAAGAACACCGGUUACAAGAGUACAGGUCGGCCCAGAGGCCGACCUCCAGGUAUCAAGCGCGAACGUAAAGACACCGCAAACGACGAGGAAGGCGAAUUUCCGUGUCCCAGCUGUAACGAAAUCUUCCCUCGUAUGAGUCUCUUAGACAAACAUGCAAAAACGCACGAAGCCGCCAAAAUCCACACUUGCAAAGUCUGCAACAAGGAGUUCUCGAGGUUCAAUCAUCUGAAACGGCAUAUGACGUCGCAUUCGGUCGUCCGACCCUUCUCGUGCGAGAUUUGCGGAAAGCGGUUUUCCCGAAGGGACCACCUGCAGCAACACGUGAGAUUGCACGACAAGAAGCAGGAAUACAAGUGCGAUGUUUGCUUGAAGAUGUUCAAUAGGGCCGAUCAGUUGGCCAAACACAAAGUCUCGAAGCACGAACUGGGCGAAAAGAUACAGAUGAUGGGCGAGAAGAAAUUCGAGUGUCACGUGUGUUUAAAAACCUUCACGACUGAAAAAUACCGCGACGUGCACGUGAAAGGCCACAUGGGCGAGAAGCGUUUCCAAUGCAAGACGUGCGAGAAGGCUUUCCUGUCCAAGUCCCACCUAACCGAGCACAUGAAAUUCCACAACGAACAUUCAAAGAAGUUCCUUUGCUCGGAAUGUGGCCAGAGGUUCAUCAGGAACGAUUAUCUCGUCAUUCACAUGAGGCGACAUCGGGGCGAGAAACCCUUCAAAUGCAAGUUCUGCGGCAAGGGUUUUCCCCGAACCACCGACUUGACAGUGCACGAACGUUACCACACGGGCGAAAAGACCCAUCUGUGUACGAUAUGUGGGCGUGGAUUCGGAAGGGCGUACAAUUUGACGGUUCAUAUGAGGACGCAUACGGGCGAAAAACCGUACAGGUGCACGUAUUGCGAGGCGGCGUUUGCUCAAGGAAACGAUCUCAAAGCGCACGUGAGGAGGCAUACGGGAGAGCGGUUUCAGUGCGAGUUGUGCACGGAGAGUUUCCUUAUGGGGUAUUUGCUCACACAACACAAGAGGAGUGUUCACGGUUUGAACGUAGUCAGUAACAUAAGACGACUUCACCCCAUAAACAAGAUAAAACAGGACGCGGACGAGCCGCCUCCGAUCACAAUUCCAUUGCCUAAACCGGUAGUACCUGAAAUCCUGAUUACCAAUAUCCAAGCCCACUUGACUCAAAUCCAGCAUCAUCAGAUCGCUAGAGAAUAACGUCUAAAGGUUAAUUAAAAAUGUACAUAUAAGUACGUAGUUGUUAAGUGACUGUAGUAGUACCAUUUUCAUUUGAAGAAUUCUCACUCAGUCUUUCACUAAUUUAUGUUUAUUUUCAUUAUUACGACUUUCAAGCUAUCGUUUUGUUUAUCCCGAUUUUGUAUUAUAUUUUUAGCGUAUAAAUUAUGUUUGUAAUGUUUUUUCUUUCGUGCUACAACGUAUUAAUGACGAUCAAAAUGCUUUAUGAUUUAAGGCCUAAUGUUCACCCCAUGUGAAGGCGACAAAUCAAAUUUGUAUUUUUUGAUCGAAACGUAUUACCAUUUUUAGUGUAUAAAUGAAUGCCAUUUUUGUAAUUUACGUUAGUAGACUGUAAAUAUAUUUUUACAUUAUCGAAAAUACAAUUUUUGGGUGUA